UCACUUGUCUUCUUUUUAAUUUGGCAAAGUUGUGACAGCAUUUUUUUUCCUAUUUUUUUAAUACUUCAUUUAGCAAGCUAGUCCAUAAAACAGCCAAAGUAUCCAAAGGCUCCUCACAGUUCUUCUGACUUUGACAUUUGAAAAGCACUUCAUAUCCGUACAUUGAAAAGCUCCUUUUUGGUUUUCUAUACCUAUAAUUAUGGCGAAAUUCAAAAAUAUGGUCUUUUGGUACAUUCUAUUGCUUCUUCCGGCCAUAGUAUUAGGCGAAUGUACUUGUGAUUCUGAAGACGAAGAGAGAAACAAACCCGAGGCACUCAAGUACAAAAUGGCAGCACUCGCUGCCAUUUUGGUUGCAAGUGCAAUUGGGGUGUGUAUUCCCGUACUGGGCAAAGCAAUUCCUGCCUUAAGCCCAGAGAGAAGUUUUUUCUUCAUUAUCAAAGCUUUCGCGGCUGGUGUGAUCCUAGCCACGGGGUUUAUACACGUGCUUCCGGAUGCAUUUGAAAGAUUGACAUCGCCGUGUUUGAAGGAGAAUCCAUGGGGAAAUUUUCCUUUUAGUGGAUUUAUUGCAAUGGUUGUUGCAAUGGCUACUCUGAUGGUGGAUACUUAUGCAACUUCUUAUUACAAGAAGAAAAGUAUGAAAACUGGAGUAUUGGUUGCUCAGUCUGGAAAUGAAGAAGGUGUUAUUCAUGCUCACUCACAUGGACAUGCAUCAAUGAUGGCUGGUUCUGAUUCCGAGCUCCUUCGCAACCGUGUUAUCUCCCAGGUUUUGGAACUGGGGAUAAUAGUGCACUCUGUGAUUAUAGGAAUAGCUUUGGGUGCUUCUGAAAGUCCCAAAACUAUAAGGCCCCUUGUAGGUGCUUUGACUUUUCAUCAAUUUUUCGAGGGCAUGGGACUUGGUGGAUCCAUUGGUCAGGCAAAAUUCAAGUCUGGUGCAGUGGCAAUAAUGGUUUUAUUUUUCUCUCUCACAACUCCAAUCGGGAUAAUAAUUGGACUAGGAAUAACAAAUGCUUAUGAUGAAAACAGUCCAACAGCUCUUAUUGUGGAAGGAGUGUUUGAUUCAGCUUCAGCUGGCAUCUUGAUUUAUAUGGCAUUGGUUGAUUUUUUAGCUGCUGAUUUUAUGCAUCCAAGAAUGCAAAGCAAUGGAAAGCUUCAAUUAGGGGCUAAUGUUUCACUUCUUCUUGGUGCUGGACUUAUGUCUCUCAUAGCCAAAUGGGCUUAAUUGAUCAACACAUAUUACUACUAUCAAUUUCACAUUUUUUGGCUUUUCAAUUUUUUUGCAUCUUCUCUUGAUUGAUUGUUAAACAAAAAGUGAUUGUAAAUCGUUCCAAAACGAUAUUGUCUGA